AUGAUUCCAUCGGCCACUUCUCCAGCAGGCUCAUCCUCGUCAAAGAAAACCGACGACGAACUCGAAGCAAUGGCGAAAAAAGUGGAUCAAAAUGCGGCUCGAAGGGCGGCCAACAACUUUCAGGAAAUGCUUGAAGCUUUAAUAAGCGUCCAGCAAAGAGCACUGGAGAAGAAUGUGAUUGUAGAAGAUAUUGCGAACGAAGAAAAACAAGAAGCGAAAGAGUUUCUUCAAAAUUUGGUCACAUUGUCUCAUAAUACAGCCAAAGUUGUGCGCGGACAAUCAGAAGAUGAAAUCAAAGAGGGCAUGCAAGCGUUGGCACCGGAUGGUAAGACUCCGUUCGAGCCUUUAUUCAGUGUCGUGCAAACACUCUUCUCGAAAGACGUUAUGUAUCCGUCGAUAAAGCAACUCUAUGAUGCGUUUCCGAAUUAUAUGAAAGAGAAUGAGAGUAGUUUGGACUCGCAAACAAAAGCGCGAUACGAGAGGCAAAUCGAAGUAUUGGAAAAAAUUUGUCGAGAAUAUGAACGAAAUGAUUUUGAUGAAGCAACAGCUUCGAAGGAGGAAAUGAGUAAAUGGUUCCGGAAGAUAAGUUUACUGAUGCUGGAAUUACAGUCACAUGGAGCUACACCCGAACAGUUGACCGGCAAAAUGCCAGAUGGCUGGCAGGUGGACUCGUCGACGGGUUUACCGAAACUCGUUGAUGCGGACAAGGCUGCUGAAGCGUGUAGUGUGAUGUAA